UCGCGUCGCGGCGCUCACUGGGGGCCCGGCUUUCGCCCGCUGCUGCCGCCGCCGCCGCCGGCCGCGGCUGCUCUCCCAAGAUGGCGGCUCCUCCGGGCGAGUACUUCAGCGUUGGGAGCCAGGUGUCGUGCCGGACGUGCCAGGAGCAGCGGCUGCAGGGCGAGGUGGUAGCCUUCGACUACCAGUCCAAAAUGCUGGCUUUAAAAUGUCCCUCUUCCAGUGGAAAGCCCAACCAUGCAGACAUCUUGCUCAUAAACUUACAGUAUGUUUCAGAAGUGGAAAUAAUUAAUGACCGAACAGAAACCCCUCCUCCCCUAGCUUCACUCAAUGUUAGUAAGCUUGCCAGCAAAGCACGGACAGAGAAGGAGGAGAAGCUGAGCCAGGCCUAUGCAAUCAGCGCUGGUGUUUCCCUAGAGGGCCAGCAGCUCUUCCAGACCAUACACAAGACCAUUAAAGACUGUAAAUGGCAAGAAAAAAACAUCGUAGUCAUGGAAGAAGUUGUUAUUACACCCCCAUAUCAAGUGGAAAACUGUAAAGGCAAAGAGGGGAGUGCACUGAGCCAUGUACGCAAAAUAGUUGAAAAACAUUUUAGAGACGUGGAAAGCCAAAAGAUACUGCAGCGUUCACAAGCCCAGCAACCACAGAAGGAGGCUGCCCUGUCAUCCUGAGUCCGCACACACGGAGGACUCUUCCAGCAUCCAGCCGACGAGGCGAUGGUGGUGGCUUCGGCGGAGGCAGGCCGGGGGAGGGAAGGGAUCCUAUAUUUCCUGUUGGCUCUUGUUAACAAAGGGUCGGCAUUUCCAAAUCUUAGACUUGAACAAACAAAACACCCAACAAAAAAGAACAAGAGAAUAAUUUAAAAGUUGAAUCAUUACUUGACUAACAGACUUCGGUCCACCAUGUCCUUUUCACAGCCCCCUUCUGGAACAGUCACCUUGUUAAUUUUAUUUUUGAAAAUUCCUUUCCUGCUCUGCCCUUUCACCUCUGACUUUCCUAGUCUGUCCCUGCCAUUCUGUUUUUAUAAGUGGCUACACUUGCCUUCUGAGUGAUCGAAAGAAACUUUUACAUCUUCUCUUCCAAAAUAAAAGUAACAAGCUGACUGUGAUACUUAAGUUGAGACUAGAGCAGCAGACAGAGGUCUCACUUUAAAUUUGUCUUUUUUUUUCUUUCUUUUUUUUUUUUUUUUUUCCUUUUUUUGCACAGGGCAUGGCUUGAAUUAGUUUUAUUUUUCUUAACUUUAAAUAUAUAUAUGAAAAUAUAUAUUAAAAUGUUCUCUAAAUAUUUUCUGCUUCUCGCAGGUCUCUUUUUACUAGAUCAUGGCCGCUCUUCCCACCUCAUCCCUUCAAAAAUAAAAACGUAUUACCCUCCCCACCACCCAUAGCCAGGCAACUAACUUGACUUGGUUCACAGCAAGAAUCUUCCGCAGCACUUUCUAGAGCCAGUGUUUGCAGGUGGGAUUCGGCUGUGAGGGUUCCUGAUGGCUUUUUAGUCUUUAACCGUGUGUGUGUACCCGUCUCACAUUGGGCCAGAACCUCAGGAUUCUCCCUCUGCCUUUUGUCUUACUUCAUGGUACUAGAAGAACUUCCUCACCACUCUCCUGUCUCCUAGAUGGGAGAGUCCGCUGCCCUGUCUCCUGUGCCCUCUGCAGGAAGAAAACUUUUGCAUGGCACGUCUCAGCUCCUCCUCGAAGGAUGAUUUUCUUCCAUAAGAAACCUGGAGCCCACCUCUCCCGGUCUCUCGAAGUCUGUAUCCAGAGCCACUAGCCCAGGAGAAAACUUGGGUGACCUGUAGUUUCUUUUCUCCCACCAACCUCCUGCUCUUAUGCCCUUCCCCACCCCCCUUAAAUUUUACAAGCUUAUGAUAGUUUGUAUGUGCUCAGCCGAUGGGCAGAAAACCUGGAGAGAACUUCUGGACUUUAGCCCACCAGUUUGUCUGGUUUGACUAACCUGCUGAGCGC